UUAUUCCGCGUUGGCCUGGACGUGGCAAAUGAGAAGAUAGCAGAGGAGAGCGGAGUUAUUUCCAUAUCCUGUAGCGAACGCACAGCAGAAAUACAAUUUGUAAUUUACAUUUCUUUUUAGAAUAAGUAUUCAAAGGUGAUUUACGUCAAACAACAUGGGUCUCACGAUCUCGAAUAUCUUCAGCAAGUUUUUUGGAAAGAAACAGAUGAGGAUACUUAUGGUGGGUUUGGAUGCUGCUGGUAAAACCACUAUCUUAUACAAACUGAAGCUGGGAGAGAUUGUAACCACUAUUCCAACAAUUGGUUUUAACGUGGAGACGGUGGAAUACAAGAACAUCUGCUUCACCGUGUGGGACGUGGGCGGCCAGGACAAAAUCCGCCCCCUGUGGAGACACUACUUCCAGAACACACAGGGCCUUAUCUUCGUGGUGGACAGUAACGACAGAGAGCGAGUCGCAGAGUCGGCAGAAGAGCUGAGCAAAAUGUUGCAAGAGGACGAGCUGCAAGAAGCCAUCUUGUUGGUAUUUGCGAACAAACAGGACCUGCCGAACGCCAUGACCGUGAGCGACCUGACAGACAAGCUCGGGCUUCAGAAUCUACGGAGCAGAACCUGGCAUGUCCAGGCUACCUGUGCUACACAAGGAAAUGGCCUGUAUGAAGGACUGGACUGGUUAUCCAAUGAGCUGUCCAAGCACUAAAGAUGACGGGAGCAAAACUGGCUUGAAUGAGAGAGAGAGAGAGUAGGACAGAGUGGCAGAUGAGAAUUUCAACCAGAGGAAACAAAAAAAAAAAAAGAAAACAAAACUUUGUCUAAAUUGUUUGUGUGUCUGUCUGGUAGAACUUGAACUUAUGGACUUUACAAUCACUUUGUGUUGUGAAACUUUGAUUUUCUGUUGUCAUUUCUACACAACUUUCUUUGUCCAGUCUUUUCAGUUUUUUCUCCUUACUCCAACAGUUAAAAAAUAAUGUUUUAAUUAGCAUGUUUUAAACGGUGAAGAUGAAUGAUGGUUUCCAAGGUAACAGAGGAAGCACUUGGGAGGGUAGUGCUGAGCUGUUGGAGAGGUGCAUUUUUAAAGUCUGCCAGCCACAAGCCUGUUUAAUUUAUCCUGUCUCCGUGUCCUUGAAGCUUCUUUUCAGCGAGGGGUAAAUUAGCUGCAGUAAGAGAGUUUGUUCCGAAACCAGGUUUGAGAAGGGAGGGUUGUACAGGAAGAUCUUUGAUGGUAAUAACAAGGGCCAAUCUUUUGCAAUAAUGAUGCAUAUUUCCCAUGUGUUACCCAUCUAUAUAUAACCUGUGUUCACUUUUGAGAAAAGAAUGGAUGGACAUUUUUAUUUAGGUGUGUGCAUUUAUUUAGGGAGUUGUAAGUAUUCCUCUGUUCAUGGUGUUGCAUUAUUUUGUACAGUGCUUGGAUAUUGCAGUUUGCUCCUACGUUGCAGGGAGGAAGGGGGGGGUAAAGGGGUGGGGGGGGGUAGGGGGUGGUUUGGGAUUGUGUAACUUCCCCUUUUCAUGUCCCUUGCCAGUUCCCCUCUGCAAAGAAUACAUUCCCACAGCACCCUCCAAACCAUGCAUGGAAAAAAAACACAACCUCAGAUAUGUGGCAAGCAAUUUGUUGUAAAAAAAAAAAAAAAAAACUAAACAAACAAAUCUAAAUAAUAAAAAAACGCAAGCUGCGAAAUAAA